GGAAGCAGUUCCUUAUCUGUCCAGCCAUAGAAAAUAAAGUUUCACGCAGUAGCGAUGCUUUUGGAGAGACGUUGUUCAUUCAGGAUGUUAUAUUGCUCUUAUUUUCUGCAACUAUAUACGGUCUAGCUGCUCUAUAAUGACAUUCGCACGCUUCUUUUAGCUUUAAGGAAGAGAGAAUAUUAGUUGAUAUCGCCUGGUGCAGCCAUCUUUGGCUGUAAAUCGAGUUUUUGUUUAUAUGAAAUUUGCUUGUUUUAAUAGUUACUAUCUGUUGUGACCAUUAAAUGGAUGAACACAAGGAGAACAUUCAAAGAACAGACGUAAAUCUGAAAAUGUCAGAGGAAAAAGAAGAUGAAAAGACGAAACCCUGCAGUAGAAUAUGUCCCGAUGACGAAACGGCUCCGGAAACGUCUCAGUCCAACAGAGACUUCAGUCACCCGGUUUACAAAGAGAUCGCUCUGGCCAACGGCCACAUCAACCGCAUGUCCAAAGACGAGCUGCGGGUCAAACUGGCGGAACUGAAGCUCGACACCAGAGGAGUAAAGGACGUGAUGAAGAAGAGGUUGAAGAACCACUACAAGAAGCAGAAGCUGCUGCAGUCAGCCGCGGAGGGAGGGCCCACCGAUACCUACUACGACUACAUCUGCGUGGUGGACUUUGAGGCUACGUGCGAGGAGGAUAAUCCCUCAGACUUCCUGCAUGAGAUCAUCGAGUUCCCCAUGGUCCUCAUCAACACGCACACCUUACAGAUCGUGGACACUUUUCAGGCGUACGUGAAACCCGAGGUCAACCCGCAGCUUUCCGACUUCUGCGUGAAGCUAACGGGAAUCACACAGGAGACAGUGGACGGAGCGGAUCCGUUUCCAGACGUCCUUCACCGAGUCGUGGAAUGGCUGCAGGAGAGGGAACUCGGGACGAAAUACAAAUACGCCAUGCUGACCGACGGGGCGUGGGACAUGAGCAAGUUCCUCAACAUCCAGUGUCGGAUCAGCCGGAUCCGAUAUCCUCAGUUUGCAAAGAAAUGGAUAAAUAUAAGAAAGUCUUACUGCAACUUCUACAAGGUCCCACGCACGCAGACGAAGCUGAGCACCAUGUUGGAAAAGCUGGGCAUGAAAUACGAAGGCCGGCCUCACUGCGGCCUGGACGACUCGCGCAACAUCGCCCGGAUAGCCGUCCGCAUGCUGCAGGACGGCUGCCAGCUGCGCGUCAACGAGCGCAUGCACGCCGGCCAGCUGCUCUCGGUCCCCAGCUCGGCGCCGGUGGAAGGGGCGCCGCCGCCCCGUAACCCCGGCAACAGAGAGUAGAGCCAGAAACUUUAAUGAACCAGCCUUAAAAGUCUGUCUGCACCCGCAUCACUUACAGAGAGAGGAAAGCACUUUAAUUUGAGCUUAAAGCUGUAAGGAGAGAUUAAUAUUUCAGUUUGUGCAGACUUUGCAUCGAGGAGUACAGCGAUUCAUGGCGACGUAUUGAAAAUAAAAUUACAAGAAUAAAUUUGUCAGAGAAUAAAGUUGACAUAUUGCGAAAUAUUCAUAUUACGAUUUUAUUCUCAUUUUCAAAAAAUGACUUUAUUCUCUUGUUUUGACUUCUCAUAAUAUUAAGAUUUUAUCCUCAACAUAUGAUUAUUCUCGUAUUAUGACUUCUCAAAAUACUGACUUUAUUCUCAUUAUUUUGACCUUAUUCUUGUAAUUUUAUUUCAUUUGUUCUUAGUAGGGCUCUGAUACUCCGUCGUGGAGGAGGUCUCACUCUGACUAAAUAUUUUUACAACAGUUUGUGAAAAUAAAUCAUUCCUGCAGCAUUCUGUUUA